AUGCCUCCUCGUCUACCUGGGAAGCUCACCCAGCUUCCUGUCCUAAACAGGGCCCCGGUGCUGGUGAUUCCCACCAACCCUCUCGCGCGAGCCUUUGGCAUCCGAUCCUUGAACCCUCCCAAGCCCUCCCCAUUCAAUGUCGGCCCUAAUCUGCCCAUCCUGAAAUCGACCCCCGCGGCGGCCUUGGAACGGAAAGCCAAUACUUUGCCCCUCAGAACCGGAGCUAUCGCCAUCAAGAAGGGAAUGACUGCUGUCUAUGACCCGGAGACUGGAAAGCGGAUUCCCUGCACCGUCCUGCAGCUGGACCGAGUCGAGGUGACUUCGUGCAAGACGCGGAAAACGCACGGGUACUUCGCCGUUCAGCUCGGUGCCGGCUGGAAGCACUCUAGCAACAUCACGAAGUCGCUGCUUGGUCAUUUCUCCGCCAACGGUGUCUCGCCCAAGAGGCAUGUGUGCGAAUUCCGGGUCAAGGACGCAACUGGCCUCCUGCCCGUUGGCCAAAUGAUCCACGCGGACUGGUUCGAGCCGGGCCAGUAUGUCGAUGCGCGAUCCAACUCGAAAGGAAAGGGCUUUGCUGGUGUUAUGAAGCGACAUGGCUUUGGCGGUCAGGAUCGCAGUCACGGUGUCAGUUUAACGCAUCGGUCACUGGGUUCUGCAGGCCCUAGUCAGGGUGGUGGUUCUAGGGUGUACCCCGGAAAGAAGAUGGCGGGUAAUAUGGGAAAUGAGCAGAACACAGUCCAGAACUUGAAGAUCCUCAAGGUUGACAAAGAUAAUGGCAUUGUUGUCGUCAACGGCUCCGUCAGUGGUCCUAAAGGCUGCGUUGUCAGGAUACAGGAUGCUAUCAAGAAGCCCUGGCCUGAAAGCGCCACCCAAGCAGAGUAG